AUGCCCCCCACGACAACUUUACUGACAGCAACUCGGGCGGCCGCCUUAUUCCGCCCGCCAUUUGCUGCUUCUUACACGCAGCGAAGCGUCGCUCUGCCUCUCCGAUCUCGCAAGCACGCGGGCCCGAUUCAGAAACGAUGGAACUCAUCGCCAGUCCACAAGAAGCCUCUCUCGCCAGAUGAGCAAAAGUUCCCGACACAGGAUCAGCUGCCUCAUGUCAAUGAGGAGGCCUCGGCAAUGGAUCGCAUCCUUCAGAAGGAGAAGACCUGCGAUGGACAGCCGUCAAGUCCCGAGUUGGAACAAGGGAGCCCGGUUGAAGAUAUCUUGAAGCGUGACAAAGAAGGCUUGAAGCACAUGCCCAAGGUCAUGCAAGACCAAUUGAAAAAGAAACCCGCCGGCAGCUCUCGUUCAUUCUCGACCUCAUCUCGCAGCCGUCAGCAAGAUAUGGAGACAAUCGGCUCCCAGGACGACAUCUCUGCCGCUGUUCUUGCCGAUAUGAUCAAGCAAGUCAACGAUGAGGCAAACUACCAGCUGCCCGAAGGGCUCAAAUUCGACAUGCCCAUGCUGCCGUCCGAGAAGAAGACUUUGAACUUUCGCAAGCGUUACGACUCCAUGCAAGAUCAAUUCACAAAGAUGCUGAUGCAAGAUGGAAAGCUGGCGCGCGCCCAAAAGAACAUGUCCAUCAUCCUCGACCAUCUCCGCACAUCCUCUCCCCCUAAUAUCAACCCUCGUCGCCCUCUCAUGGGUGGGCCUCCUGCACCCCAAUUGCCCUUGGACCCUGUCCGCUACCUCACCUGCAUCAUCGACUCGAAGGGUAUUGCCGGUGGUGGUACUGCCGUGCAGAUCCCCCACCCUCUGACGCUGCGUCAGCGUCGUCGUGCUGCGAUCAAGUGGAUCUUGGAUGCUUCAGAAAAGAGACGUGACGCGCAGCUGGCCAACCGCGUCGCCAAUGAGUUGGUCGCUGUGGCUGAGGGUCGCAGUGGUGUCUGGGACCGCCGAGACCAACAGCACAAGAUUGGUAUUUCUGGUCGUGCCAACUUGGGUCUCGCGCCUCGUCGUCGCUAG